GGUGUUUGCAGGCAUGCUGGUUAUCACGAAUACGUGGGGCAUGACUGCAACUUUUGGGGUGUUCCAAAGUUAUUACACGACGGAGUUGGGGAUGGAGCCGAGUGCAGUGAGCUGGAUAGGGUCAAUGCAGAUGCUGGGGCAUUUUGGACUGGGAUGAACGGUCAUUCGCGUUGCAAAAUGAUCACCCAAUCGACACCACCUCUUACUGUGUAGAAACGCAAAACGCUAACUCAGCCCAGGCAUGUUCACGGGCCGCGCCCUCGACGCCGGGUUCUUCCACUGGGUCGUCGUUCCCGGCAUGCUCCUCUCUGCGCUCGGCAUCUUCCUCACCAGCCUCUGCCAUACCUACUGGCAGUUCUUCCUUGCGCAGGGCCUCAUGAACGGCAUCGGCAAUGGCUGCCAAUUCGCGCCCUCCAUGUCUUUGGUAACUACCUAUUUUGCGCGCAAUCGCAGCGCUGCCCUCGCCGUCAUGGCCUGCGGUUCCGCCAUCGGUGGCCUUCUCUAUCCCACCAUCGCCCGCCAGCUCCUCCCGCAGCUCGGCUUCCAAUGGACGGUCCGCGUAAUGGGCUUCAUAAUGCUCGCCGUCGGCGCAGUAUAUACCUCGCUCCUCCGGCCGCGCCUCCCACCCCGCAAAAGCGGUCCCCUGUUCGAACUCAGCGCCUUCCGCGAGGCGCCAUACACGCUCUACGCCAUCGGGCUGUUCCUCGUGUGCCUGGGCGUGUACUUCGCGUUCUACUACAUCUCCGCGUACGCCGUCAACGUCAUCGGCGUCUCCUACGGCACAUCCAUCAACCUCAUCCUCAUUCUCAACGGGAUGGGGCUCCCCGGCCGCCUCAUCCCGGGGUACAUCGCGAACCGCUGGCUGGGGCCGUACAACACGCUCAUCCCGCUGACCUUCAUCACCUCGCUGCUCAUGUACUGCUGGGCGGCCGUCAAGACAAAGGCCUCGCUGUACGCGUUUACAAUCCUGUAUGGCUUCUUCAGCGCGGGAUUCCAGGGCUUGUUCCCCGCGGUGAUGGCGAAUUUGACAAAAGACAUGAGUAAGGUGGGGACGAGGAAUGGGAUGGGGUUGAGUGUGGUUGGGUGGGCGAGUUUGUGUGGGCCGCCGAUCGCGGGGGCGUUGAUUCAGAGGAGCGGUGGAGAUUAUCUUGCGGCGCAGGUGUGGGCGGGGACGAUGAUGUUGGUGGGUAGUUGUACGAUUUUGGCGGGGAGGGUGUGUAUCACUGGGUGGAGGAUUAGGGAGAGGGUUUGAUAGUCAAUCGAGGAACCAUUUAAACUGCUUUUUGAGUUCGUGUGCACCAAGGUGGGUGGAGCGGGUUGGGGAUCGAAGUGCUGUAUGAAUGGGCCAUUGCGGCACACGAAGGAAUAGAAGGGAGUCAUA